AUAUAUCCUAUCCUCAUAUAAAUAAAACCCCUUCGUUGUAAACUUCAUUGCUAAGCUCAACCAACCUAAAGAGAGCAAUCUCAUCAUGGUGAACCUUGUUGCAGCACAGAGGCCAUUGAUGCAUGGGCUAAUGAAGAUGGCAGGAAUCAGGCCAUACACGGUGGAGAUAGACUCAGGGACAGUGAUGAGUUUUUGGGUGCCUUCAGAAACCAUCUCAAAGCCCAAGAAAAAAGAUGAAAAGCCUGAAAUCGUAGCAAAGCCCACAAAGCCCACCGUGGUCCUGGUCCACGGUUUCGCAGCCGAGGGCAUAGUGACAUGGCAGUUUCAAGUGGGCGCGUUAACCAAGAAGUACGCGGUUUAUGUUCCGGACCUUCUCUUCUUUGGUGGUUCCACCACUGACAAGGAGGACAGGUCACCGGGGUUUCAAGCGGAGUGUUUGGCAGUGGCACUGAGGAAGCUUGGGGUGGAGAAGUGUGUUGUGGUUGGGUUUAGCUAUGGUGGGAUGGUGGCGUUUAAGAUGGCAGAGAUGUACCCUGAGCUGGUUCAGGCCAUGGUUAUUUCUGGGUCCAUUUUGGCUAUGACUGAUUCUAUUAGUGAGAGCUCGCUACAAGAGCUUGGGUUCUCUUCUUCGAAGGAGUUAUUGUUGCCUGAUUCUGUGAAAGGUCUUAAGGCUCUUUUAUCUGUUGCUGCUCAUAAGAAACUUUGGUUCCCGAAUCGGUUGCAUAAAGACUUUCUUGAGGUAAUGUUCACGAAUAGGAAGGAGCGAGGUGAGUUAUUGGAGGGCUUGGUAAUAAGCAACAAAGACGUCAACAUCCCAAAUUUUCCGCAGAGGAUACAUCUUCUCUGGGGUGAGACUGAUCAAAUUUUCAAGGUGGAGCUUGCCCAAAAUAUGAAAGAGGAACUAGGAGAUGCUGCAUCAUUUCAAGGCAUAAAGAAAGCUGGUCACCUAGUUCACUUGGAGAGACCAUGUGUCUACAAUAGAUAUCUCAAGCAGUUUAUUGCUUCCUUCUUGGCGUCAAUUAAUGAAGACAAAAUAUAAUCCAAUUAAGUUUUCAACCUUGUUAUGCGCUGCUCAGGUUAUUGGUUUUUACUUUUUAGCCUAAAAUGGAGAUGAUGUAAAAGAUAUCAUGUCUCUCAUAUUCAUUGUAUUUUCUAAACAGUAAUAAACUACUUUUCAUUAGAUAA